AUCAGGGAGGGGAGAAAAAGGGAGAGCUACAUGUGUGAUGGUUGUACACUGCUUUGCUUUUCUGACUUUAAGUAAAGGAUUUUUGCGACGAGUUGCUACACACCCGAAAGAACAAGGACAUUAUUUGUUUAUAAGCUACUUCACGUUUCAUUCCUCGGAUCAACAUGCCCCGGUCAUUUCUGGUGAAAAACAAAAGGUGCACGUCCUUUAAUGUUCACCGAUCAUAUGAAGACCAGCCAAAAGCCCCCAUAUGUCCAGAAGACCCACCAGAGGCUCAGAGCACAGACUCUGAAGACCUGCCUCAGUCGGAGGAACAGUCUUCCCCUGCGGACCACUACUCCUUUGAAAAGGAGGAGGCAAUGCUUGAAUGCCCCUUACCUGCUCACCUAGAGCCAACCAGACCCCCUGUGGCUCCCACACAGCCAUACUACCUAAAUGACCCUCACAUGGCUGGAUUCCCUCCCUACUACAAGCCGGCGUACGCCUGGGAGCCUGUGCCUCCCUCCUACAAGCUCAGUCAGAUGAGCUUCAGCCCCACAGUGCUGCAGCACGCUAACAAUCUGUACGACACCCACAUCAGCCGCAGCCCACAGCCUCAGCAGCCUCUGGACUGCAGCACGCACUACUCCCUCACCUCCAACACCUACCACUGUAUCACCUGUGAAAAGGUGUUCUCAACGCCCCACGGACUGGAGGUUCACGUCAGGAGGUCGCACAGUGGAACGAGACCUUUUGGCUGCAGCAUCUGCAGGAAAACCUUCGGCCACGCCGUCAGUCUGGAGCAGCACAUGAAUGUCCACUCUCAGGAAAAAAGCUUUGACUGCAAGAUGUGCGGCAAAACAUUCAAGCGCUCCUCCACUCUCUCCACGCACCUGCUCAUCCACUCGGACACGAGGCCUUACCCCUGCCAGUACUGCGGCAAGAGGUUCCACCAGAAGUCUGACAUGAAGAAACACACGUACAUUCACACCGGUGAAAAACCCCACAAAUGCCAGGUGUGUGGAAAAGCGUUCAGCCAAAGCUCCAACCUGAUCACCCACAGCAGGAAACACACAGGCUUCAAACCGUUUGGAUGUGACAUUUGUUCUAAGGGCUUCCAGCGUAAGGUGGAUCUCCGCAGGCACCACGAGAGCCAGCAUGGCAUGAAGUGAAGAGAAAAGGAGUGUCUAUGUGUACAAUACAUUUCUAUUAAAAAAGCUGAUAUUGAAUUGUCAUUGAAGGCGAUUUAACUUCAGAAAAAUGUAACCUGUAUUAUGAAGAAAUUGAGUGGUUGAUGAAAAUGCUUUUGUUAAUAUAUUAAGUGAUCUUUCAAAGAUGUGUUUGCAUGUGAAUGAGUGGGAGAUGUGCUGAUGUCAUUUCCAAAUUUUGCUUUUGAUAACAAAAGCAACAAGAACUUUAUUUUUGGUUUCAUAUAAUUUAUUUCAAGUAUGCCUGCGCAAUGUCCUGUAUGUUCUAUUAGCUGUGUGUGAGUUGAUAAAUGAUUUCAAUGGAAUUAAAGGGUGAAAAGUA